GACUCAAGAGAUAUUUUGAAGAAACAAGGAAUCAACGAUCUUUUCACAGAAGCUUAUCGACCACUUUCAUUUAAUUACAUUAUCUUCUGGAGACAUUUAGAUUUACAACUUUUAGAGGAUAUGAUCAAACCAAGAAAUGUCGAAGAAUCAAACAUUGAUAUUAUAAUAAAUGAAUUAUUAAAAUUAUUUAUUAACAAAAAUACUAAAUUUCUUUCACUUUUUAUUCCAUAUAAUUUUAAAUAUCAAUUACAUAAUAUUUUAUGGGCUGAAAAAUGCUUUUCAAGUCUUAAAUUCCUUCAUUGUGAUAAUAGGGAUAAAAAUAUUGUGGAAGGAUUAGCUAUAAUAGCUAAAUCAAUUAAUAAACUCAUAUAUCAUAUUACAUAUCUUUAUGACAUUUCUGGAAGCUUAAUAUUAAUCGAAAAUCAAAAUAAUUUGAACGAAAUUAAAAUUGAAUGUCGUGCUUCUGUACAAUUUGAAAUUAUUGAAAUUAUUGAAAAAUCACUAAUUAAAAAAGCAAAUACUAUUCAACAUCUGCAAACAAAUUGGGAUACUGAAGAUAAAUUUCUUUCAUAUUUUGUAAAUUUAAGUAGUUUAGAAAUAGGUGAAUAUUUCUGGUAUAAAUACUCUAGAAAUAAAACAAAUUGGUGUCAUUUGGAGAAAGUAUCUUUACCUGGUUUAAAAGUUUUAAUAGCCAAUAUUGAAUCACAUCAAAAUUUAGAUAGAAUGAUUAAAAUUACAAAUGGCCAUCUUCGUGAAAUUACUCUUACCCAUAGUGGUAUUGUUAGUGAUGCUGAUUAUAAUAGAAGACUUAUUCAAGCAAUUUAUCAGAAUUGUCCAAAUCUUAGAUAUCUUAAUAUGCCAAUUAAAGAACAAAAUAUUCCUGAAUUUGAAAGGUUAUUAAUUAAUUGUCAAAAUUUAAAUGGAUUAAUUUUUGAGUAUGAAAUGCAUUUUAAAUAUAAGAGUUUAUUUGAAAUAUUAAUUAGAUCAUCACCAAUAAGUUUGUAUAAAUUUAAAAUUUAUUUUAAUCGGAAAUUUGGACCUAAAUUUAAAUUAUUAAAAUCAUUUUUUGAAAACUGGAAAGAUAGACAUCCUAUGAUAUUACAAAUUAAUAUGGUGAAUUUUGAAGAUAGACAAGAGAUGGAUAAAUUAAAAGAGUUGGUUAAAAAGUAUGAAAUAAAAGGAAUAGUUCAAAGAUGUGACUUUGAUUGCUUUUAUUAUUAUGAAGAUUUUGAUUGGAUUCGAAAAAAAACAGAUGUUUAUUAGACAUUA